ACGGAGACCAAAAGACUGAGGAGUCAACGCGGAGUUGGGUGCUUGCCUGCGGGAUGCAGCCACGGGUCAUGUGACCGGAAAGGCGCCUGACGUUCGCCGUCCCUCCUUGGCGCCCCUUGAGCGCCCGGCUCGACCCCAGCCAUGGGGUGCUGCUACAGCAGCGAGAACGAGGACUCGGACCAGGACCGAGAGGAGCGGAAGCUGCUGCUGGACCCUAGCAGCCCCCCAACCAAAGCGCUCAAUGGAGCUGAGCCCAACUACCACAGCCUGCCUUCUGCACGCACGGAUGAGCAGGCCCUGCUCUCCUCCAUCCUUGCCAAGACAGCCAGCAACAUCAUUGAUGUGUCUGCUGCGGACUCCCAGGGCAUGGAACAGCAUGAGUACAUGGACCGGGCAAGGCAGUACAGCACCCGCUUGGCUGUGCUCAGCAGCAGCCUGACCCAUUGGAAGAAGCUGCCACCACUGCCAUCUCUCACCAGCCAGCCCCACCAAGUGCUGGCCAGCGAGCCCGUCCCCUUCUCCGAUCUGCAGCAGGUCUCCAGGAUAGCUGCUUAUGCCUACAGUGCACUUUCUCAGAUCCGUGUGGAUGCAAAAGAGGAGCUGGUUGUACAGUUUGGGAUCCCAUGAACCCAUGAAGAGAGGGGUCCUUGGACAGCUCUUUUUCUUCUCUCUUCACCUUGUCUCCACCCCACCUCCCCUGGCCCCCAGCCUCACUGCGGCGCAUACAGUACUCUAACCUGCUACUAAUCAUGGAGAAGAAUGGAGGAGAAGAGUGAGGCUAGCGGCCUGAACAAGUGAGGAUGGAGCAAGGGAGGGUAGAACUGUUUGAAAUUGGCCUUUGAAGCCCUGGCCAGGGGUGGGGUGGGGGCCGAAAGGAUGGAGCCUGGGAAGGUAGAGGUACCACUGUGGGGGUGACCACCAGGGGGCUUUGGGGGCCCCUUCCCACCCCUUCUCUGGGCCUCAGAGUCACUCCUGUCCCUCUCUUCCUGCCUUGGUGCCCAUAUGCACCUCACAAGGUUUGUGACCAGGGUCUGGACAAGCUUAAAUUUGAACGAAUUGAGUUUGUAUUUCCAGCAUCCUGGGUUUUUACAUGUUUGGUCUUUCUGUUUUGGUUUGUCACCCUCGAUAAAGGAAGUGUAUUCAUC